UGAUAACACACAGAGUCACACGACAGGGGUGCGCCUGGCGCUUGUGCGCUGUGGAACACCCCGAGGACAGCGUUUAACAGUGUUAGUCCGCUGCCUAGCACCACGAUCCUGUUUACGUGGCUGCCCUGGCUGCGAGCCGCGAUGCACGAGGUUAGUGGUGGGAGCAGCCGUGUGAGGGACGCUGAAUGCUUUACGAGAGGAGGGGACGACUUCUCAAUAUAAGGCCCGCCCCUCCACACACUCCAGAGAGACCAACCAGCGCUCGUCAGCGGCACUGUCUGACGUCAUGGGUCUCACCGGCAGCAGAGAGUACGGGAAGGAGGCAGUGUUCUACAUAAAUGGGGAGAAGUAUACUGCUGACAGCAGCAUUCCAGCUACCACAUCUCUUAAUUCUUUCAUUCGGGAUCAUGCCAGUCUUAAAGGAACAAAGUAUAUGUGCUAUGAGGGAGGCUGUGGUGCUUGCAUUGUCAUGAUCACUGCUCUUCACCCUGCCACAAAGAAAAGACAGUCUUUUGCAGUUAAUUCGUGCCUGUUCCCAGUAUUCGCAUGCCAUGGAUGUGAAAUAACAACUGUUGAAGGAAUAGGCAAUCAGAAGAUUGGGCACCACAAAGUACAGAAGACUCUAGCUGCUUUCAGUGGUACUCAGUGUGGCUACUGCUCUCCUGGAAUGGUGAUGAAUAUGUAUAGCUUGCUACAAGAUGGAAAAGAUGUUACCAUGGCAGACAUUGAGAACUCAUUUGGCGGUAACAUAUGUCGAUGCACAGGAUAUCGUCCAAUCCUUGAUGCUUUCAAAAGUCUUGCUAGUGAUGCUCCUCCUCAUCUCAAGGAGAAAGCACAGGAUAUUGAGGAUAUGUUGCAAGACAAAAUGUGUCUUAAGAAUAGGGAGUCCUGCUGCAAGUUGAGAGGAAAAGGAAGUGAACAAUGUGGACUGCAGCUUUCCACAGAAAUACCUCCACUCCAUUUACAAUUUCAGACAAAAGACUGGUUCAAAGUUGAUCAAAUUUCUGAAAUAUUUAGUAUUUUAGCAGAACGACCAGAUAAGAAAUACAUGCUUGUUGGUGGCAAUACAGCAACAGGUGUCUACAGCAGAGAUCCUGACAUUGAAGUAUUUAUUGAUAUCAACAGUGUCACCGAACUCAAAAGCCACUCUGUAGGUUCAGAAUUGAUCUUAGGUGCUAACAUUUCUCUGACUGAAACAAUGAAUUUGUUUUAUGAUCUCGCAAGAUCAAAUAGUCAGUUCUCCUAUACAAAAGCUAUUGCAGAUCAUAUUGAUUUAAUUGCAAAUGUUCCUGUGAGAAAUACAGGAACAUUAGCUGGUAAUCUGUCAAUAAAACACGCACAUCCAGAAUUCCCCUCUGAUGUCUUUCUCUGCCUUGAAACUGCUGGUGCCCUAAUUACUAUAGUUGAAAAAUCUGGAUCAGAGCAAUGUGUCAGUCCAGAAAAUUUUCUGAAAGUAGAUAUGAACCAGAAGGUUAUUAAGAAUAUAAAACUUCCAUCUUAUGAUUCUUCAUACUAUUUUCGGAGCUAUAAGAUAAUGCCACGAGCUCAGAACGCUCAUGCUUAUGUGAAUGCAAGUUUCUUGGUUCAGCUCGACGGGACGAAAGCUGGCCACAUAGUUGGCAGACCACGAAUAGUAUUUGGAGGAAUUAAUAAAGACACAAUACAUGCUACAAAAACUGAAGAAUUUCUGGAGGAUAAGAAUGUUUAUGAUAAGGAUGUUCUACUUCAUGCCCUGGAAAUACUUGAUUCUGAACUGAUACCAGACUACAGACCCCCAGAUGCUACUCCUGAAUAUCGCAAACAACUAGCAGAAGGACUAUUUUAUAAGUUUGUUCUCAGUAUAUCUCCAGAAGAUGUAUCUGAAAGAUUCAAGAGUGGAGGCCAGUUACUGAAGAGACCACUUUCUAGUGGGAAGCAAGUAUUUGAGGACAAUCAACAGUACUGGCCACUUGGAAAAGCAAUGCCUAAAUUGGAAGCUCUUGCUCAAUGCUCUGGUGAAGCAGAAUAUGUAAAUGACAUUCCAACAACUUCAAGAGAACUACAUGGUGCUUUUGUUGUCACUACUGUGGGAAGUGGUACAAUACAAAGCAUAGAUCCUUCAGAAGCCCUGAGUCUACCUGGUGUUGUAGCUUAUUAUGAUGCCAAAGAUAUACCAGGAAACAAUGUGUUUACUUCAGCAACAGUAGGACUUGUUGGAGAUGAAGAGAUAUUCUGCUCUGGGACAGUAAAAUUCAAUGGUCAGAUUGUUGGUAUUAUACUUGCUACAUCACAUAAUACUGCUACUCAGGCAGCUGCACUUGUCAAAAUUGAGUACACAUCUGUCAAGAAACCUAUGAUUCAUUUGAGGGAUGCUGCAAAAUCAGGAGAUCCUAACAGAGUUUUUGUAGCUGCUGAAAUGAAACCAACAGAUACAUCAAAAAAGGAGAAUACAAAGCAUACAAUUAAAGGCAGCUUUGAUGUUGGAAGUCAGUACCAUUUCUCCAUGGAAACACAAACUGCAUUAUGUAUACCAACAGAAGAUGGAAUCGAUGUGUAUGCACCGACACAGUGGCCAAAUCUGACACAAGUUGCAAUAUCAGAAGCCUUGAAAAUUCCACAGCACAGUAUAAAUGUCAAUGUCAGAAGGGUUGGAGGCUGUUAUGGAUGUAAGAUAACAAGAAACUCUCAGACAACUGCAGCUGGAGCCCUUGCAGCAUAUCUUCAGAAGAGACCUGUUCGCAUCCAUCUUCCCUUACAAAGGACAAUGGAAUCAAUUGGAAAAAGAUUUGAUGUUGCUAUAGAUUAUGAAGCUGGUGUUGAUGAUCAAGGCAACAUCACAUAUGUUGAAGCCAACACAUACCAUAACAAUGGCUCAGGCAGUAAUGACCACACACCAGAUGAUUUUCUCAUUCAGAUGGCUAGCUGUUACAACAACAGUACAUGGAAAGUUACAUCUUACACUGUGAAAACUGAUAUUCCAGCUGCAACAUGGUGUAGAGCACCAGAUUCUCUUGAAGGAAUAGCAUUUGCUGAACAAAUGAUGGAACAUAUUGCCAAAACAAUUGGGAGGAAUCCAGUAGAUAUUAAAAUCCAGAAUCUUAGUCCAAGUUAUGAAGAAGUUGGUAAUAUGAUAAAAUAUUGGAAAACUAAAACAGAGUUUGAGGAAAGGAAGAAUCGUGUGGAGCAAUUCAAUAAGAAAAACCGGUGGAGAAAAAGAGGUAUCGCAAUUGUGACAAUGAGAUAUCUCCUGAAGUUUUAUAUGAAUUUUCAUGCUGUUGUGACAAUUUAUGCUGGUGAUGGCACUGUUUCUGUUGCCAUUGGGGGAGUUGAGUGUGGCCAGGGCAUCAAUACCAAGGUUGCCCAAGUUGCUGCACGUGCUUUGGGGAUUUCAGUGGAUCUUGUAAACAUAAGGCCAACCACUAACUUUACAUCUCCCAAUAACUUUACAACAGGAGGAAGUCAAACUAGUGAAUGUUGUGCAUAUGCAACACUGCAUGCUUGUGAGAUACUCAAGCAAAGACUGGCUCCCAUACGAAGAAAAAUGACAAACCCAACAUGGCAAGAGCUUAUUGCCCAAGCUAAUGCAGAAUUUGUAGAUCUCUCUGCAAGUUUCAUGAUGUAUCAAGGUAUGGAAGAGAAGUUGGAUCAAUAUCCUAUUUAUGGAGUAACAGUGGGUGAAGUAGAAGUUGAUAUGUUAACAGGCCAGUAUGAGGUACUCCGUGUAGAUAUCUUGGAAGACGUUGGUAUAAGCAUGAAUCCUGAUAUAGAUGUGGGUCAAAUUGAAGGUGCAUUUGUUAUGGGACUUGGUUAUUGGCUGACAGAGUACAUUGUUUAUGAUGAAGAAACUGGAAAAGUGCUGACAAAUAGAACAUGGAACUACAAACCACCUGGAGCUAAAGACAUUCCAAUUGAAUUCAACAUAGAACUGAAGAAAAAAUCACCCAAUCCACUUGGUGUUCUUCGGUCAAAAGCGGUUGGUGAGCCUCCUCUGUGUAUGAGUAUUGUGACCUUCUUUGCUUUGCGUGAAGCUGUUCUCUCUGCCAGGAAAGAUGCUGGUUCCACAGACAACUGGGUAGAUAUUGCACCUCCUGCAACACCAGAGAAGAUAUUACUUGCUGCUAUGACGGAUUACAAACAGUUUGAUUUGUAGGAGAAUCUUGUGUAUGCAGAUAUAUCAUUGCGCAGACACUGCGAAAAUAACUAUUCUUUUGUAUAACCAUAUUUUGUUGUUUAAUGUACUGUUUAAGUUUGUGAAACUAUAGAAAUUUAUUGACUUAAUAUGUUUUUUCUUUGUAUGUAUGAAGGGAAUAAUAAAUCUAUCUCAAAGUCUGUCA